AUGAAAGUCUCAGCCACCCUCUCCAGUGCCAAAGUCCCUCCGUCCAACCUCACAAUACAGGAAAAGAAGGCCGUCGCUUCCCUGAGCAAAGACCACAACAUCACUGUUUUACCAGCGGAUAAGGGAAGAUGCACCGUGGUCCUAAACACUACAGAUGACAUCCUCGGCCGGGCUCUGAAGAACCUGGAUGGAUUGCUGCAGAUGCCGUAUGGAUGUGGGGAGCAGAACAUGGCUCUCCUGGCCCCCAACAUCCAACAUCUCCACUACCUAAAAGGCACACAGCAGCUCACCACAGCCAUCAUGGAAAAAGCUACUAACUUCCUCACCAGUGGCAAGCUGACUGCAUUUGUAGUGAGAAGUUUUGCCAAAGCUCAGUCUUUCAUCUAUAUUGAUCCCAGAACGAUUCAAGAGUCUAAGACCUGGCUGGAACAUAAACAACAAGAAAAUGGCUGUUUUGAAAAGUCUGGGAAACUCUUGAACAACAGAAUGAAGUCCACUGUAUCUGAUGAAGUGACUCUCAGUGCGUACGUUACUGCUGCCUUGGAUAUGAAUAUAUCCCAACAUGAUCCUCUGAUGAACAAGAGCCUGGCUUGUCUCAAGGAGUCUAUCAGUGACAUGAGCAACACCUACACUACAGCUCUGCUCGCCUCUGUGUUCACCCUGGCAGGAGACGUGGAGACCCGCGCUCACCUUCUGCAGCACUUAGACACAGUUGCAGUGAGGGAAGGAGGUUUCCUCUGCUGGUCUCAGACAGCAGCAGAAACAUCAGCCUCCCUGUCAGUGGAGAUCAGUUCUUAUGUGCUGUUGGCCAAACUCAGCGCCUCCCCGACUGCUGAGGAUCUGGGAUAUGCCUCUGGUAUUAUCAGGUGGCUGACUGGGCAGCAGAGCUAUUACGGAGGCUUCUCCUCCACUCAGGUACUACACCACCCGAACAGCAUGAAGCUCAUCUUUGAGUUCAUAUACAGUCUUGGACCAAAUCAGAAGAAAUAAUCCUGAAGUUUUCAU